AUGGCGCCUUCGACUAGUUUCCUUGUCUGCGUACAGUUCUUUGCCAUUAUCUCUAUUUCUACUGGUAAUCGCAUAUUCGAUGUUGUGAUUAUCGGAGCCGGUCCAGCUGGCAUCGCUGCAGCCAUUGAUAUGAAGAAAGCGUCAAGUGCAAUAUCAAUGACGAUAUUAGAAGCACGCAAUCGUGUAGGAGGACGAGUCUCAACAGAUACACAUACAUUCAUGGGUGGUGUGUCCGUUGAUAUUGGGGCUGAAUGGAUCCAUGGUUACGGGCCGAAUAAUCCUCUAUACAGCCUACAUCGACAAUUACAAACAAACGAAGAUAAACGCGGUGAUGACUACUUUGAUUUCUUUGAACCAGAAGUAACUGGAUGCUAUGAUACGACUAGUUCUAUCGUAUCAAAUAAAAUCUGUCUGAGAGCACAACAGACUAUGAAAAAAUUAUUUUCACCAAAAUACAAUGCAACUUUGAAACAUCGAGACGUUUCCGUUUGGGAUAUGAUACGGCCCGAAUACGAGAAAAUACCUGAAGGACAACUCAAACGACUAGUUGACGCUAUGUUAGUUGAUAAAGAAGAACACGAAGCUGCUGAUCUUAAUCGAAUCUCUGCCUGGCAACAUUUCUUUAGUGAUUCACCCGUUGAUGACGAGGAGGAAAACGGCGAAGAUAUGGCAUUACAAAGAGGAUAUGGAUCGUUGAUUCAGCGAAUAGUCGAGAGAUUCGCAUUACCGAUUCAAUUGAAUACUGAAGUAAGUUAUAUCGUCACCAGUGCCUCGAAUCGUGCUCAAAUCUUAACGAAAAAUGGUGAAAUUAUUCAAGCAAAAUACAUCCUAGUUACUGUUCCAUUAGGUUGUCUGAAACAGAAAACGAUUUCAUUUGAACCACCUCUACCCCAAUGGAAACAGAAUGCAAUUGAUGUUAUGGGUUUUGGUGAUACGGACAAGAUUAUUUUACAAUUCGAUAAAACAUUCUGGAAUUCGAAGUUGACUACAUUCUACAUAGCUGGUGCAUCCUAUCCAUUUGCUAUUAGUGCUCCUAAGAAGCGUAUUCUUGUAUUUAUGAUCGGUGGAACACGUGCUCGUCGUAUGGAAGCAUCCAGAGAUGAAGAUACGAUUGCGACAAUUCUUAAUGAUUUAAAACGAGCAUUUCCUAAUCAAAAUUUCAAACUAGAACGGUAUCGAAUAUCACGAUGGACACUAGAUCCGUAUGCUCGUGGUUCCUAUUCCUAUGAUGCAUUCAAUACAACAUUAGAAACAUUCGAGACUUUGGCUAGAGAAUGUUGUCAUAAUCAAUUGUUUUGGGCUGGUGAACAUACUAGUUCGGGUGGUUCCGUACAUACAGCUUUUGCUACGGGCCAACGUGCAGCGAAAACAAUUUUACAGCGACUGAAAAUAAACUGA